AUCUCUAUGUUGGCAGUUCCUUUCGUCUCAUGUCGUCUCUACAUGAGCUCAGUCAGUUCGGAAUCUAAUUCAUUAAAAUUGGGACAUAGCUCGUCGUCAAUGUGCACAGUAUUCGCCAUUUUGUACUGAAAUGAAUGAAAGGAUAAAGUCGUCUAGCAGUCGAACGCCAUGCCAUGACUCGGUUGCUUCAAAGUUCAAAGACAAAAAAGAUAACCAUAUUAUCUGCUGCCUGGAUUUUGAUUAUCUUCACGAUGGGCCAAGACUAGAUGCGAGAUACGAGACGUUGGGCAUUUCAAGUUUGUCUAAACCCGUCAAUAGAAACCAAAGAAUUCACAAUUUCUACACAGUCAGGAUGGGCAACUGGAUGAGCUACUGGACGGGCAAUAGGAUGGCAACCGAGGAACAACCCAAGUCAGAAGACAUGAGACAUGAAACCACAUUCAACAGGAUGGGCAAUAGGAUGAGCAACAGAAUGAGCAACAUAAGGGGCACUUGGAUGGCAACCGUCGAACAACCCAAGUCAGAAGAGCAUCUUCCGUUUCAGGGGAAAAAAUUGGAGUGCAAAAACCAGUUUUUCGGUGGAGGUAUUUUACUAUUUGACGGAUAUUGGAGGAGCGAGGAAAAAGGAAAUGCAGAUGCUGAAUUGGAACGCGUGAAAUUAAAGGCCCCUAAUCUAAAAAAAGAAGUUGCGAUAAGAAGAAUUAAAAAUGAAGACUGCCUUGAUGGGUGGAAAGAUGUGUCCGAUAAGCUCGUCAAGGGCAACCUGAAUCACAAUAAUAUCCUACGAGUAUUCGGUUAUGAGGAAGACGUGGCCAAUGGAUGGAGGUAUUUUGCUCUGGAACCGUACAGCGCAACGUUAUACGAAUAUUGCAAUGGCAAGUACAAGGGAGCCAUGCCAAACGAAUCGCAAGUUCUUUAUCAAAUUACCAACGGCGUCAACUAUCUGCAUGGCGAAGGAAUCGUACAUGGCGAUUUAAAUCCGUUAAACGUCGUCAUUGCUGCCCAGUCGCGUCCUGUGCGCAUGAAAAUUUCAGAUUUUGGAUUGAGCAAAUUCAGUUACAGCAAACAGCUGUCGCAGAAGAAGAAAGAAGGAGAAAAACGUUUUAAGAUGGAACUCUGUCUGAGAAAGUAUUGGACACUGUCAGAGGAAACUGACUCCCUGGAAGGCAUCAAAGACGCCACCAAAGAUUUCAUUGCAGCUGGGUGCAUUUUGUUUUAUUAUCUAAAGCGUGGACAACACCUUUUUGGUAAUGACUUUGAGUCAAUCUUGAUAAACCUCAAGGAAAAGAAUCCAGUCAAUUUAGAAGUCCAAGUCAACACCAGCAAACUACUUGGUAGCGGAACUUAUGGAUACGUGUAUGAAGGGAAAUUUGAUGGCAAUCGAGUUGCGGUCAAACAAAUGACGACGACAACAUCUCAAAAAGAAAUUAUUCAAAGAGAAAUGAAUACGCACAUAGAAUUGAAUCACGUCAACGUAGUGAAACUCUUGGACGUCGCUGAUUCGGCCGACAAUAGAUUCACGCAACUGGCGCUGGAAUUGUGCGCUGGUACGUUGGCAGAUUGGGCAGACGAAAAGAAAUACAACGGACCGAAAUUGCCGCCAGACGAAUUGGUCCUUUAUCAAAUCGCCAAUGGAUUGCAUUACAUCCACUCGAGAGAUUUGGUGCAUCGCGAUAUUAAACCGGAUAACAUCCUCAUUUCAAUGACGACGCCCGUUCAAAUGAAAGUCUCUGAUUUGUCGUUUGUUAAGAAAACACGGGACGAUAUUUUUUCGCAGAGUAAAAUCAGAGGAACUCUUCUCUGGAUGGCACCUGAGAGACUUAAGGUUUUAAAUGACAAUGAAAACAAGUCUGCCGAGCUCCCAGAUGGAACAAUCAAAAGUGACACGUUUUCAUCCGGAUGUGUUUUUUUCUAUUUCCUGACGCGUGGUAAACAUCCAUUUGGGAAAAACCAAGCCAUUGUUCCAGCCAAUAUUUUGGAAAACAAACAGGAGGAACUCGUCAGCUACAAACAAAAUUUUGAUAUACCAAUUGGCCACUCUGGUGAUUGUUAUGAUGAUUUGGCGGCAGACGAUGUAAACGGAAGAAUCCUUGCUCGUUUGAUUGAGGAUAUGAUUAAAUUUAAAGAAGAAGAAAGAAUCGGAUUGCCUGAGGUCAUAAAACAACUUGCCGCUGUAUUGUACGGGAUGGACAAAAGCAAAUGUCAAUUGAGGCUCGUUGAUGAGUUAUCUGGGUUUGACAGUAUCCGUUCCCACCCCACUGAACUGAUUCUUGCAUGUGCCGAUGACGAAAAGUUAAUAUUUUACACUGCCGAAAAUUUGGCUAUUCCGUUUUCCAAUUGGAGAAAGAAAGUCACAUUUCAACAUCUAAACUUAUUCGGUGGAUGGAGAGUUCUGUCACUUGAGUGGAAUAUUAACGGGACACAACUAGCUGCUGUAUUUGGUGAUGCUGUAAUGGGUAUAUAUACUCUCGUCGUACGGAGUUACCCAAAGUGUGAAAUCCUCUUUCAAAAGGAAUUUCCGAUAUUUAUCACUAAAAUAAAUUGGAAUCCAACCAGGCCCAACUUUUUUGCUGUAUGGGGAAAGUUAUUGAAUCAACAAGUUUUCGUAUAUGAUUCAUCUAUUGGCGACGUGAUCACCACAAUUGACUGUAAAAGCGUUUUUGCUGUGAAGUGGAUCUCUGAAAAUCGAAUCGCCGUCUCUUCUUUUUAUGGAACGAUCGAAAUUUUUGAAAUGGAGGAAAACAAUUUGACAACAACUCGACUCGUGAAAGAAUUCACACAUGGAAGCAUUUGUCGUUAUCUGGAGUGGAAUGAAAGGACACAAUAUUUGGCCAGUGGUGGUGAGGAGCGGAUCAAGAUUUGGUCUAUGGACUACGACAUGCCAAUUUAUAGCCUGAAGUUUCCUCUACAGAAGGAGGAGAAGGAGAAGGUUAAAGAUUUUGCUUGGCGCUUGUGCACAGGAAAUGGGGAAGAAGAGGGCGGAAUCGAAAUGGCAAGGAAAUCAGCCAAAAACUUCACUUUUGCUUAUGCAUUGAAAGGCAAAGGCGUUUUUAUUUGGAAUCCUCUGGAAAGCGAACAACAGCCGCGAUGUCUUUCCGAAGAUACAGACAUAGAAACGCCGGUCGCCUUUUCAUCGGACGGUCGAUUUCUUGUAGCCGGGGGCAAAAAGAAUUUAAUGAUUUGGUCAGCGGAGGAAUGGGUACAAAUAUACAAAUUCAACACGAAUAAGAAAUAUGGCCUCAAGAAUAUAUCAUUUUUUACCACAAAAUCUACAAACCUUUACGAGAAUAAACUUUUAGUAGUCAAUUAUAAGUUGGAGGACAGCACCAUACUUGAAUUCGUGUUCGAAGAAAGUAACAUUUCUGAUUCGGCCAGUGAAAUAUAAACAGAAUCCGAUGAGGAUGUCAUGGACCUUACGUGAUAGAAGACGUGGUCCUUUUAAACGACUAAAGGCGCUAAUCUUCUAAACAGAACCAAGUGAAGAAAAUUUAGUCCUGCAAAAAAAACCAUAUCAAUUUAAAUUAAAAACAAAAAAAAAACUUAAAUGAUAUUUUUAUCCAAAUGUAGUGUGCCUUUUUUUAACUAUAGAUGUUAGAUUAUUAAAUCUGAUUGUUUCACUGUA